UCAACGACAACGGGUUUGCAGAUAAUUUUUUAUUUUUGUGCUGGUUUCAAUGAAAAAGUAAUCUAGUGAAGUGAUUUUAAGUGAAAUAAUAUAAUGGAGUUUCCCCUCGGAUACAGGGAAGUUGUUCCGGAUCAAACCCUGCCCGAAAAAUGGAAGGAAAUCACUUUGAAUACCGGUGGAAGUCAAAGUACUUUGCAGGAUAUCAAAGUACCAGAAAGAGCUGGCGGUUAUUCGUACAAAGACUGUUCAAAAUAUUUUACCAGAAAUCGGUUUAUUUACUGGCGAAUUUCACACGAUAUUCUUGAAUUGGUGGAACACAGUUUGGACGUAAAUUUAGCCAACUGUAGAGUCAGAUACAAAUUUACGGACACGCCACUUCUAGACGGAAUUUCUAUUCACGAAACCGUAAAUUCCGUUGUGAUAUUGGUCGCCACAGUUUCUAGUGUUCACAAACUCACGUUUCCUCAUCCGGAUAAAAUUCACAGACAGGAACCUCUGGUUGGCUCUCAUCCGGACUUGAGCAUCCAGUCAAUUUUCAGCGAAGCUUCAGUACAAACUGCGAGAGAUCCUCAUACAUUCCACGUGAUUCCAACUGCAGGAACAACAAACUCUCCAGUGCCACACGCAGCCGCAUCAUGGCUCACACUUCCACAGGAAGAGGCUCUUUACGCUCUCGCUUACAAUUCCGGAACGAUACUUUUGCUAAGACUCGAUACAGUAACGGGCCUCGUGCACACAAGCGAACUAAAACAAGACUCGAUUAUGCCUCGAUUUUUAAGUGGAAUAGCCACUGCCUUUCGAGGUCGAGGUUCCGAAGGCCAGGUCGCGAUGGCACUUGCCAUCCACACUUGUGGAAACGACACCUACUUAUUUGCCCUCUGCCGGGAGGGAAAUGUUCGGAUGUGGUCUUGCAAUAAAGCCCAGUGCAUUGCAGUCGCAGAUGUCGCGAUCGACAGUCGAGUCGCUGCCCAAGGUGUUCAGGGUCAUGUCCUGAGGAAAGCGGUGAGUCUGGAGAACGAGCUGUACUUGGGCACCUACCUGAAAUUCGGAACCGGCUGCGAAUUCAGCAUUCUCAAGCCAAUUCAGGACGCUGGAAUUUUCAAAUUUAUUCGCGUCUGCACCCUUUUUGCGCCCGAUCAACAUCUGGUUGACUUUGCCUUUACGACAACGCGUCUCUGGGCCGUUUGGAGAACCACCGACAUGGACACGGUGGCCGUGACUCAUGCACAACUUCCGUUAACCGGAGCCCAAAUUAAUUCCGAGUGGGAAACUGCCAUUCUGGAUCCAACUCCGGACCGAGAUUAUAUCGUGAGUGAUCCGGGCACCGAUCCGCGACAAGCCUACAUCAAUUUCAUCUUCCAUCCUGGCCAAUUCUCAUUGGCCGACAUCACGAGGGCACUCAGCAUUUAUCGAAGAUCGAAUCUGAUUGCUGAUAUGUCUCUGUCGCCGGCAGUUUUGAAAGAGCGUGUCUGCAUGGCAGUGGAAGCGGAAAUUCAAGCAGAAGUCAUGGAUUAUGAGCUGAUGGAUGAGGAUUAUUUGGAAAUAGCGAAUCGUUGCUGGUCCAAGUUUUACUCGUGUGUGAUUCAGUAUCAUGUUAAUGGUUCGAGGCCAGUGGGACUCUUGCUGCUGCAGAAUGUUUACGGAGUUGCCUUGUUGAAGAAAGCUUCAUUCUCGCUUCUGCGACCGAUGGAGGCUCUGGAACACUUGAUGCUCUCGAAUGAGAGGAGCUAUGUCUCGAGAUUUAAGACUACCCCUGUGCUUUCCCAGGACGAGGAUAUUUGCCAGGAUUUGAUUACACUUAUGUCGACGCUUGUUAUGCUCGAAGAACAGAUCUCGGAAGAAGUGAAAACGACCAUUGAGCGGGAAUUGUAUCAUCUCAGGAGUCCGGAUAUUAUUGUUGAGGAUUUGCUCUCGAGACUGAUUCUGGAACCGGAUGAUCCGCUUUUGGAUUAUGAUUUCCAAACCGAACUGAACCACAAAUUAGAGAAUGUGCACGACGUCUCAGGUGCGAUGGCAAUGCUUCUGGAAGCUCUGACUUAUGAUUUGGGUCAGCCAAAUAAACUAGAACUCGAGGAUGAACAAGAAGCAUCUCGAGCUCUGAUUAACGUCAGUCACUUGUUUGGAAGUCAAUUAGGAAUUUCUACAAUAGCCGAAAGCGUUACGCAAAUUACUCUUCUCCGGUUCUCGAUCUGCCGAAAUUUAUUGGUCCUGCAGCAGAUUAUUUUGACGAGGCCGGAAUUGUUCGAUCCUAGGUCUCUCCACUCGAUCAGAUCUUCCUUUGCACCAAGAACGGUUGUACUCACUCAAGCCUACUACGUUGUAAUUUGGAUCUGCGAGUCCAACGCUACCUGCGCACUCUCUCCAGCUUUAUUGGAGACGAGUAUUCAGAGACUUUCCUUAUUGAAAUUAGCAGACUCGAGAAUGAACGCCGGGCAAAGGCAACCGAGAUCCUUGUCUCUUCUGGAAUUAUUUAUCCAAAGUGGAGGUGCUAAACACGCCCAAAAAUUAAUGGCAAACACUUUACCGGAACCUUCUGCCUUAAUUCUGUGGCACUACGGAAUGCUCACACAUGUCACUCUCAUCGCGCAACUUGUCUGGCCAAUAUCCGGAAACUUUAUCUUCCCGGAAUGGUUGUUAUCCAGUUGCCAAUUUCUUCUCGUCCAGGAGUACGUUCGUCUUCUCAGCACUUGGUGCGAAUGGAACAGCGCCUCGCGAAAAUUCAUCCUCGCCGUGGCGCUCCUGGAAAUGGGUGAACCCCAAAAGGCCUGCGAUCAAUUUCUUCGAGCCUCAAAUGGCGUCUUGACCGAUUCUUUUCUGGCCGAGACUUUCCUAGAGUCGAGUGCAACCUCCGAGAACAAUGCUUUGAUCAAUUAUUACCUGAAAGUGAUCGAACUCUUUGAGCAGCAUAACGCUGCUGAUUGUGUGAUUGAACUCGCCGAAACGGCGAUUGCGAUAGCUGAUAAAAAUGAUCCAAAUUUGCCGACUCUGCACUCGAUAGUUUUCGCACAACAUCUGAAUUUGGAACAUCAUGUGGAGGCUUAUCAUUGCUUAAAUUCGAAUCCAGACUCUGCUAGACGAGUUGACUGUUUGCGGCAACUUGUGGUGACUUUGUUUGAGAGGAAGAAGUUGAUUGAUCUUGUUUUAUUCCCGUAUGUGGACAUGUAUGAGGAUUUGGAGAGGAUUGUGGAAGGCAGAGCGAGAAGUGUUGACCUCAUGGAGAACAAUUAUUACAAUUUCUUGUAUAGUUUUCAUGUGAACAAAGGAAAUUUGAGGAAAGCCGCAUCCGUGAUGUAUGAACAAGCAAUGCGUUUGAGUCAAGAAUCUCAUUCUGCGCCUAUAAUUUCCAAACAAGCACAAUGUCUCCUGGCUUGUAUUAAUUGUUUGAGUCUGGUGAACGAUAAAUACAGGUGGAUCGUGAGGCCAGUUGUCGAUCAGACAUUCGUCGAUGAGAAAAAUCCGAAAAAGAAGAGAAGCAUAGACGGCAAAGAAGUUUUGCAUUAUAAAAUGAGGAGACAGGUAGAAGUUUUGGAAUUAAAGGAUAUUCGGAAGGAAUAUUACAUUGUGGAGGCGAGACUGAAAUUGUCGAAACUUAAUAACGAAUUGCUUGUUGUUGCGCAAGUUGGUCCUGAAGAAUUGAUUGCCAUUUUAUCCAGCGUUGGAUUAUACAUAACAGCUUUACAUUUGUGUGAGCAAUUCAACAUGUGCAAAAGCUGCGUAUUAGAAAGUUUAGCUUCGCAAUGUGUGAGGCUAAGUCAGCAAGAUGAUCCUAAAGCCUGGGAUUGGCUCAUUCUAAACGAUGUUUUUGAUAUAAGUUUAUCGGCUACGAACGUGGCGAAUAUUUCUUGGAAAUUACUCGAGCAUUUGACGCUGAAACACGAGAAAGAAAAUCAGAGUGAAUUGCACAAAGGUGUUGCUAGAAAACUUCUUCACCAUGGAGCAUUCCUGCCAGCCUGGCUAUUGUCAUCUUAUAAGAAACGAAAUGCUGCCGAGCUACUUCGACUUUUGUUAAACAUGGGUCGAAUUUCGGAAGCGAGUGAGCUCGCUGUCGAUUACAUCAAGGCAAUUUUGGGAAAAGGAAUGGAACACUUUGGUUUCGAAUCGCCACUAGUGGCGACAAAACCUUCAGUCUGGUUACCUUUCAACACCGUCGAGCUUUUAUUAUUCGAAUUGGAACACGCGAGUAAAGAAGAUUCCAGCUACAUAGAAAACUACGAUUCAUUGAAGGACACUUUGGAAGAUUAUGUUGAAACAGUCAAACGCGUCUCGAAUGGCAUGAUUCAAUACAGAACCAAUGUUUAACGAACCGAUUAUUUUUUCGGAAUUCAUCGAUCCAUCUUCACUUGCCAAAAUGUCUCCUGCAAAAAGAAGUAAAAGAUACUUGUAAAUAUUUUUUAUGUUUAGCACUUUUUGUUUUUUCUGUAUGUUAAUUUCCAUUUUUAGCAUUUACGACUAUUCAAUCUUAUGGAAUGUCCCAGUAAAUUAAGGAAACUUGUAUACAAUCAUUUUUCAGUUUGUAUACAGAAUUAUUUCAGUGAUCUGAAGUUUGAAACUUAAUUUAAAAAACAAACUUGAAAGAAAUUAGUUUACGUUUUUUUCUGUACGACAAAGCAUUCUUUCAAAUUAAUAAUUAUUUGAAUAAAAUAUUUUUAAUAGAUUAUGUCAUUUCAUUUUUUUUUUAUGUCUGAUAUUAAGGAAUCACUGAAAGAAUUUCUAGAAUAUGAAUAUUUGUCAUACUUGUAUAUUGAAUAUUAAAUGUAGACAAUGAAAAACUUUUUUUGUUUACGUCACAGAAAAUCAUGAAAAUUUUGUUUUACAGUACAUUAAUUAACUUGUUUCAGGAGAAUUUUAGUUUAGUAAUUAAUAUUUUCGAUUUUUGUUAAUAGUGUAAUUUACUAGCCGUGAAAUUGAUUGCAGUCAGUUUUGUAGGAGAAUCUUAUUUAAUUAUUGAAUAAAAACUACCCGUUUUGUAA